AUGUGUGUCCAACUGGAGGAGCAGAAGAGCCACAUGACCAUAGUCUUGGUGACCUCUAUCCUGGCUACAGUCCUGGGAUCUCUCCAAAUUGGCUACCACACGGGAAACGUCAACGCUCCGGCCAAGAUCAUUGAGGAGUUCUUCAACCAGACGUGGAGCUCCAGACACAACCAGUCUCUGCCAGACCACAGCCUGACUCUGCUCUGGUCCCUCUCCGUCAGCAUCAAGGACUUUGGGGCGCUCAUUGGUUCACUGGGAGUCAAGUAUUUAGCAGACUCCUAUGGCAGGCGAAACUCCAUCCUGAUCGUGAACAUCCUGUCGGUGGUGGGGGCGUGUCUCAUGUUUGUCUCCAAAGCCAGUGGGUCCUUUGAGGUGCUGAUCGUGGGGCGGCUGGUGUUCGGCCUGUUCUGUGGCCUCGUCAUGAGCCUCAACCCCCUGUACAUCCAGGAAGUGUCCCCCACAAACUUGAGAGGGGCCUUUGCAACACUCAACCAGGUCUCCUUUGCCACUGGGAUUCUUAUAGGAAUGGUGGCCGGUCUGGAGACAGUUUUGGGGACAGAGCAUCACUGGGACUUGAUGUUUUCCUUGUCGCUCUUCCCGGCUCUGCUUCAGUAUGCAGUCCUGCCGUUCUUCCCCGAGAGCCCCCGAUUCCUCCUCAUCAACAGGGGACAGGCGGAGAAAGCCGAGGCUGCGCUGGUGAGACUGCGUGGCCACACAGACAAAGUGUAUGCGGAGCUGGAGGAGAUGAAGGAGGAGGCGCGUCACUCUCCGGCUGGAGUCACCGUCACCGAGUUCUUUAAGAAACGUCGUUACAAACAGCCCAUCAUCCUGGUGCUGGUGGUCAACCUGGGCAGCCAGCUCUCUGGGUUCAAUGCGAUCAUCAACUACUCCACCAGGAUGUUUCAGGCCAAGUUUGAAGAGGCCAAAUAUCUGACUCUGGGAGUGGGGGCUGUCAAUGUAUUUUUCACUUUGGUUGCAUUCUUCCUGAUGGAGAGAGCGGGUCGGAGGAAACUGCUGCUCACUGGAUUUAUCUCCAUUGUUGUGUGCAAUUUACUCAUGACCGUCGUAGAAUCCGUCCUGCAUCUGAUGCCAGAGUUGCGCAGUCUGCAGGUGCUGCUGGUCUUCUGUCUGAUCUCGGCCUAUGAGCUCGGUCCUGGUCCCAUCUCCUGGUUCAUUGCAGCGGAACUCUUCGACCAGCCCGGACGUCCCAUCGCCAUGGCCUUCACCAGCAUGCUCAACUGGGGGGGCAAGUUUGUCCUGGCUCUACUCUUCCCUCCGCUACUAAAGCUGUGUGGGGCCUAUGUGUACCUGCUCUUCAUGCUGGUGGCAGUCGUGGCCUUCUCUUUCACUCUGCUCCGAUUGCCUGAGACCAAGGGACGAACAUUUGACGACAUUGCAGAGGAGUUCAGAGGAGCAGACGAAAUCCCACUCAACAAGACCGGCUUCAACACUUUCAACUGA